AUGGCUCCCCCAAAACCCCCAAACCCCUCUUCUAAAGAGAUUUUAGAAGAAGCUUUACAAAUGUCCUCAUUACACUUAAACAAUGCUAUGGCUGAGACACAAAAGCAAAUGGAUGUAAGAUUUGCUCAAGUUCAUGAAGAGAUCUCCAAACAAGUGGGUCAGCUGCAUACAAGGUUAGAGAAUGACAAAGUUGAGGAAGAGUCAAAAUACCAAGCUCUUAUGGCAGCUCUGCAGAAAAUUUCCAUACAAAAAGAACAACAAGCUGCUAUACCUACCCAUUCUGCACAUUCUGGUGGCAGCACAUCAGGUAUACAACCCUCUUCCUUAUCUUUUGGGUCACCUACUUUAACCCAUGUGAUCACACCCACCCACUCACCCAUUACCCACACUGCUACCCCGACCCAUUCUGUUUUCAGACCACCCGUAACCCACACUUUUUCCCCCACUCAGCCCACUAUAUCUAUACCCCCAAAUUUUCACGCUGUACCCCCACCACCACAUUUUAUUCCAUACCCCCCAUACACACCCCAAUCUGCAUUUGUCCCAAUCACACAACCAGACCCAUACCAUCAGCUAGCCCACAUACCCCCAUUACCCCCUUUGCGUUCACCAAAACUUGAAUUGCCUUUAUUUGAUGGGUCUAAUCCAUUGGAAUGGUUAUUUCAAGCGGAUCAGUUCUUUAGUUUUUAUAAUCUUCUACCAGAAAAUCGUUUAUCUCUUAUUUCAUUUUAUAUGAAGGGUGAUGCUUUAGGUUGGUUUAAGUGGAUGCACCAAAAUCGUUUGUUAACUGAUUGGGUAUCUUUCACAAGAGCUUUAGAAUUACGUUUUGGUCCUUCUACUUUUGAAAAUCAUCAAGCUGAAUUAUUUAAAUUAAAGCAAACUGGUUCUGUUAUGGAGUAUCAAACAAAAUUCGAGCAACUUGGAAACCAAGUGGUGGGGCUACCUGCUGUAGCUAUUCUAAAUUGUUUCAUCUCUGGCCUACAUAUGGAUAUUCAAAAUGAAUUAGCUAUCCAUAAGCCUACAUCUAUUUCCCAAGCAAUUGGGCUUGCCAAAUUAAUUGAGUCUAAACUCAAAGAGUCCAAACAAAAGUUCACUAAACCUUUUUCCACUUUCCAAAAACCAAUUCCCACACCCCCAACCACCCAGAAUUUCAAACCACACCCUUCUUCGGCUCAGCCCAAUCUUACUACUCAAAAAAGCCCCAACCCACAACAACCUAAAUUUCCCAUCCGCAAGCUUACCCAAGCCCAACUACAAGAGAGACGAGCCCAAGGCCUUUGUUUCAAUUGUGAUGAGAAAUUCAUCACGGGACAUAGAUGUUCCACAAACAGAUUUUUCAUACUCUUGGCUGAUGAGGAGGGAGUGAGUGUUGAACCAGAAAAUUUAAAUUUGGAAGAACCUCCUAUGGAGGCAGACUUUAGUGAUACUUACUUCCAGUUAUCCCCUCAAGCUCUAACAGGCCAUUACCACCCACAAACAUUAAAAUUCAAAGGAAAAAUCCAUGGGUUAACCGUUAUGGUUUUGGUAGACACGGGUAGUACUCACAACAUUAUGCAGCCCCGAAUUGCUCAGCACCUCAACCUCCCCACCACCCCAAUCAACCAAUUUUCUGUCAUGGUUGGCAAUGGAUCCCACCUUCAAUGUGAGGGAAUUUGCAACAAUGUUCAAAUCCUGCUUCAAAAUAAACCUUUCACCUUGCCUUUUUAUUUACUACCGAUUGAAGGUGCUGAUAUUGUUCUAGGAAUGGCUUGGCUUAGAACACUGGGACCCAUUCAAGCAGAUUUUUCAAUUCCCUCUCUCACUUUUCAACAUCAAAACACCCCCCUAACUCUCACCGGUGAUCCCAACUCAACCCCCAUAAAUACCUCUUUCCACCAAUUACGCCAACUCAUCCACACCGAUGCCAUUGCCUCUUUUCACUUAUUAAUAAUGGAACCUAUUCAGAACACUUCCCCCACAUCUAAACUACCAGCUUCUGCCCCACCUAACCAAACCUUAUUACCCACCCCCCUUACAAGACUUUUGACCAAAUUUCAAUCAAUUUUUCAACAUCCAAAAGGCCUUCCCCCACCAAGACCGCAUGACCACCAUAUAAACCUUCUGCCCAAUACACCACCCAUCAAUGUGAAACCCUACCGCUACCCUCAUUCAAAAAAAGAAACCAUGACAAAAAUGAUACAAGAGAUGCUUCAAGAAGGCACAAUCAUACCUAGCACUAGCCCUUUUUCAUCACCGGUCUUAUUAGUCAAAAAGAAAGACGGAACGUGGAGAUUUUGUGUUGAUUAUAGAGCAUUGAAUGCAGUAACAGUAAAGGACAGAUUUCCCAUACCCACUAUUGAUGAACUAUUAGACGAACUCAGUUCCGCUACCAUUUUUUCCAAGAUAGACUUGUGUUCAGGAUACCAUCAGAUCAGAUUAGCAUCAAAAGACACGUAUAAAACAGCUUUUCGAACUUUCGAUGGGCAUUACGAAUUCCUUGUAAUGCCUUUCGGCCUCAGAAAUGGGCCAUCUACUUUUCAAUCAGCUAUGAACGAAUUACUUCGUCCUUUCCUACGAAAAUUUGUUCUUGUUUUCUUUGAUGAUAUUUUAAUUUACAGUGCUAAUUUUGAGGAGCAUCUAACACAUUUGCAGGUUAUUUUAGAGUUGUUACAAAAGCAGGCAUUUUUUGUGAAGCUACCUAAGUGUGUUUUUGCAGCAAGACAGAUUGAAUAUUUAGGACACAUUAUUUCAAAAGGAGGAGUCGCACCUGAUACUGAAAAAGUGAAGGCCAUUUUGGAUUGGCCAACACCACGUUCACUCUCGACGCUCCGAGGUUUUUUAGGCCUUACCGGGUUUUAUCGCAGAUUUGUUAAAGGCUACGCCACUCUCGCCGCUCCCCUCACCGAUUUAUUGCGUUCCACUAAUUUCAACUAG